ACUAUGUACACACUCCGUACACGUACUCAGUGGCAUACCGAUUGUCAUCGCAUGAUAUUCUCCGACUGCCAGCCAUCUUCACGUGACAUUUUUCUUCGCCGGUUCCGGUUCGGCCGGUUUCCGUCCCUGUUUAUGGCUCCGUGUCUGACCGCCUUCCGGAUCCGGCUGUGUCAGUUCCAGCUUCAACAUACUACUCCGUACAAACUACUGCCCGGUUCACCUUCGUCAACUUCACUACUCUUGCACCUCUUAUUCAUCGGUUUCUAUAACCAGGAAAGCAGUCUCGUCGCUGUUAUCUACUGUAUCCACAGCUUGACAUCACCUUAAUUUCCCUGUGGCAUGAACGAUCCUGUCAGCGAACCGUCUCUUCCCCCGCGUAGUUCACCGCGCAGUCGUCUGUCUAUCUCGGAACAUCGUCGUUCAGCAUUGGCCGGCUUGAAUCCAAACAUGGCCGACUCUAUCGUUGGCGAAUCCGAUCCCCGGCCCUCGUCCAGGACCCGUGCGAGCAAUGGCGGCAGUCCGAUCUUGGCCACCACCGGCGAUCCACACCACCACCGCACUCCCUCACUAGGAGAAUUGCAUCAGGAGCUCGAGCAAGAACAGGAAGCUCAAGUGAACCGACUGCUACAGAUGAUUCGGUCCCAGCAGACCCAACUCCAGCAACUUCAGCAACAGCAGCAACCGCAGUCCUCUGGAACCACUAUUGUCGACGAGACUACCCCACAUUCCGAUUCUACGCCAUUCCCACCAAUCCCGCCACUCUCCACGGCAAGUGGCCGAACUUCCACCCAAUUAGUAUCCCCCUCGUUCUCCAGUCGUCGGCAGUCUCGGCCGUCUAGUCAGGCCGCCUCCCCUAGUCUCCGACCGCAAUCUUCCCUGCACCAUCUGCGCGGACCCCCGGAAGGACUGGAAGCACUUGCGGGCACCAGUGACAACGCCGCGUCUCGGAGUAACAGCAGAGAUGAGUGUGCUUUCUAUCAGGCAGAAGCAGCCAUGCUUUCUCGAGAAAAUCAGAUGUUGCGUCAGCGAAUCAGGGAUUUAGAGCGACAAGUUGCGUCCCAAAUCCAGCCCGACUCGGUAGUCGACAAGACUUGAUUUAGGCAAAAUACAAGAUACCAAGACAAAAAAAAAGAGACAGGGCGGUGUACAAGGUCUUAAUGACAUCAUUCCAUCUUCCCCAGAUUUGGCAUCAACAAUUCUCCGCGGCACCUUCUAGAUUCCAUCCCAUACUACCUAACGGUACAACAUACACAAAUAAAUACCCAUGUUCGCCAUGUGCCAUGUGAGAUGAACCCGAACCUGGCUGUACAAGUUAUCUGUGUACCCCCUAUUCAUGUGUUUGCGUCUCACAAACGCCCACAAGGUGAAGAGGUGAGCAGAUACCACCAGUAUGAUAUGGUGAGAUUUGUUCGGGCUGAAGAGUAUCACUAGGCUACAUGAUUAUACCCUGUUUGAUUAGUGUUUUUUGUACGUAUACAAUAGGUCCUGCUACAUCAACACAAACAUAAUUUUCUACUUUAAUAUCUAG